AUGACUUGGGGAAGUAAACAGGAACAAUUGUUCCAGGCUCUACUGAAACAAGUAUUUUUGGAUUUAAUGCCUUCACUCGAUGCUGAAAAACAAAGUCUUAUGCCAUCCAUCCAAUGCUUUGUUGAUUUAUUGGCACCGGAAUUAGCCAAUUUAUGUGGCUGUUUGUUUCUCGCUAUCUUACUUUCAAUGCGUGUUGAAAUUAUUUAA